AUGGAUCGCGUGGCGAUGCUCGCCAUGGACACGGCCCAGAAGGCCGCGCACCACAAGAGACGGGCCCACAGCUCGUCCGGUGCACAGAAGCGCGGCUCGGGCACUAAGGUGCCUCGUACCGACAGCGGCAGCGAUGGCAGCAUGAUGGACGUGUGCUGCACGCAGACAUCUGACUCCGCCCAGUCCACCUUGAGCGCCGCAGCAGCUGCCGCCGCCGCAGCUGCAGGGGGUGCAGCCGCCGCCGCGGUGACCGCCACCGGUCCUAGCGCAGCAUGUCGCAACGACUGUUGCACGCACCCGGACGCUGCGGAGCAGCUGGUCGCGUCAGAGGAAUGUGAGUUCAGCGGCAGCGAGGUGGAGGGCCCGGUGGUUGACAAGUACAUCAAGGGCACGAGGCUGAUUGUCAACGGCUGGUUCCAGGCCUGCAGGGGCUGCAACGAGCCCACGGCGCACACCUCGGACAUCAGCGCGCGGGACGUACCCCUUUGCCCCAGAUGCCAGCAGAAGUACAACGGCAUGGUGUCCGGCGAGUACCCCCACAACGUCGGCGCCGUGGACACCGCCGUCGAGCCCCUGUCGUACUGGCUGCCCCGCAUGCUCGGCAGCAUGCCGCGGAUGGAGCCGGACGCGCGGCGCAACUUCUGCGACCAGCUCGUCCUGCGGCAGGACGACGCGUGGCUUGCGCUCAUCAAGAACUCGUGA